AUGUCUUCUCCAACCGAAAGCGACAAGGCACCGACUGCCACCGACGUCGAGAAAUCACAUUCCUUUGAUGGGCAAGGGACGGAGGAAGACCCCUUUGUGGUAGAAUUCGUCAAAGAUGACCCGGAAAAUCCCAUGAAUUGGGGACAGUUCAGGAAGUGGUUCAUUACAACCAUUGUCACUUUGUCUGUCUUUGCGGUCACAUAUACUUCCUCGGCAUACUCUGUCUCUUCCCGGGAGAUCAUUGAGGAGUUCAACAUCAGUAAUGUGGUAUUCAUCAUCGGCGUUACUCUCUACGUGCUUGGUUUUGCAAUUGGCCCGGCACUAUGGGGUCCUUUGCUUUACGGACGACAAGUUCUUUGGAUAGUAUCCCACAUUGCUAUGGUGGGAUUCAUUGGUGGCUCUGCUGGAAGCAAAAAUAUCCAAACGCUCCUCAUACUGCGAUUCUUUGGUGGCACAUUUGGAGGCUCACCUCUGGUCAAUUCUGGCGGCGCCAUUGCCGACAUCUUCCCCCCUGCCCAGAGAGGUCUCGCCAUGACACUGUAUUGUGUUGCUCCCUUUCUCGGCCCGAUUCUUGGCCCAAUUAUCGGAGGAUUUAUCUCCGAGGGCGCUGGAUGGAGGUGGGUUCAAGGGGUCUGCUGUGCCUUCAUAGGCGUUGUCGGCAUUCUUGGGAUUGUGUUUGUCCCUGAAACAUACGGCCCGGUUCUUCUCCUUAGAAAGGCCCGCAAGUUGUCAAAAGCAGACGGUAAGGUCUACAUAAGCGUUCUCGACAAAGGACAGGCCAAGAAGAAGCCAUCUGAGGUUUUCCAGAGGGCGCUGGUGCGACCGUGGGUGUUGCUCUUCAAGGAGCCCAUUGUUCUCGUGGCCUCGAUCUACAUGGCCAUCAUCUAUGGUACAGUGUACAUGUUUAUGGCUGCCAUGCCCAUCGUCUACGGCAAAGAUCGUGGCUGGGGCGAGGGCAUUGUCGGGCUUUCUUUCUUGGGUAUCGCCGUCGGUAUUGUAAUCGGUUUGAUCUGUGCAAUUUACGACAACAAUGGCAGAUUCAUGAAGCUGCUCCUGGCCAAAAAGUCUACUCCAGAGUCACGCUUGCCACCAGCAAUGGCUGGCGCCGUCGCUCUACCGGUCGGAAUGUUCCUCUUUGCCUGGACCAACUAUACUUGGAUUCACUGGUCCAUGCAGCAAGUUCAGGCAGCAGAGAAAACCGAAGAAGACACCAACCGUUCAGAGUAG